AUGGGUUAUGUAACCACCAUUGCUGGAGGAAACUCAAAUGAUAUUGGACAUAGAGACGGACCUGCACACAACGCAACUUUCUCUAGUGACUUCGAGAUAACUUUUGUUCCUCAAAGAUGGUGUUUGCUUGUCUCUGACCAUGGAAACGAACUGAUCCUUCAGAUAAACCUAAAGGAGGAUGAUUGCCUCGAAAUCUCUCAUACUUGUUUAGGGUCAUACUCUCUUUGGUCAUUGGAUUUGCUGCUCGCCCUUACAUCACUCAUCAUACAGGAAGAAGCGAAUCACCACUGGUUUCAUCAUGACAUGGAAGCUUCUCCUAAUCAAAUUGGGGAAACAAGUUCGGACCUUCUUCUCCUACGUUAG